AUGGCGAAACCAAAAGACUUCAAAGCCCUCAUCGAGGUCACUAAGACCACGCAAACUCUCAUCACGCACUUCAAAUCAUCACUUGCGCCAUCGACAGCCACACCUUCGCAGACGCAGGCUCCAACAACUGACCUACCAAACCCACUUGAUGCAAUCAAAGCCUCUACCACGCUCCUCAAAUCACACACGACAACACUCUCGCUGCUACUACUCACGCCACCUCUCACACCCUCAGCGCUCAUCACAAAGAUCGGCGAUGUAAAUUCCGGCGCGCUGAGCGGCAUGGUCGCAGCAGCAACAUACAUACCGCAAGCCGGUGAAAAAGACGACAUCGGCAACAUGAUGCGCACAGAGCUGCGGUCGCGAGUGCGCCAGCUCGUCGGGACAUGGGGAGAUGUGCUUACGCUGGUGUUGCGCAUGGCCGAGAGCAGGCAAAACGCCAAGGGCAAAGAUGCUGGGCCGAGUGAAAGCGAGAAACAAGAUGUUCUGUCAGCUACAGGCGUGCUGUGGGAAGCAUGUGAAGUAGUGCUGAAGGCAUGUAACGACGGCGUGGUGGGCCUUGUGGUUAGGAAGGCGACCGAGCUCAGGGCGACCCUGCUGGAUGCGAUUGAAGAGUUGAAGGAAUGGGGCGAGGAUAUCGAGGACGAGAAUGAUGAAGCUGCGGGUAGUGAUGAUGAAGACGAGAUGUUCGGCGCGAUGAAUAAGCUGGGCAAGGACGACAAGGAGCUCAAGGAGUUGCUGGAUGUCAGUGUCAAGAAAUUGAAGAUGGUGGGCAUGCUGUAUCAGGCACUGAUCAAGAGGAGGCUGAAGACGUACCCUGCGCCGUCAGCAGCCACGAGUGCAAUCUCAAGUCCCGGCCCGAAGCUCGACGAACUUAUGGCGCUUGUCAAGGCGAUACCAGAGAGUGUGGACGAUCUUGCGAACGCAUUUUACAGCCUUGACGAAGAAAGCGCGAAGGAAUUGCUGGAGCAGACGUGUAAGGAGGCCAAGAGAGCAGCCGAGAUCGUCAAGCAGAACUGGGCUGGCACAGACGACGAAUUUACAACAUGGUCCGGGAAGUGGGCCGCAGCACUCGAUGCGGCUUAA